AUGUCCAUUGUUUUGUUAAGACGGCAGCCAACAGGAAAAGUGGUGCUAUAUAACUCACAUUCAAAUGAACUCUCAAUACAUGCGGAGGACGAGUCUGAUAUGAUCCUCCAGUCAGAUUCCAGCGAGCUCCUAUAUCCCACCAAACAGAUCUCGAGCACCGAGGCUCAAAGAUCAUUCCUCACCCCCCAGUCUUCGGCUUGCCCGCUGUGCCGCCAUCCCUUCAAGACUUCAAACUCGACCUCUUUUAAUUCACGCGACGCCGAUCGCACAACUCCCCCGUAUACUGCAGCAUUUUUGAACCCCUUAAGAGCUUUGCCACCGCCAGAACGUAAUUCACACGAGGACGGAAAUCAAGCUCAAUGGGUCGAUCGGCCGGGUGAAACCAUUAUCGACGCAUCCUACUUCAGAUUAUUAUCCAGGACCUCAACUCCUCAGCCCAGUCGGCCUGUCACACCAUCUCGCCGCUCUAAAUCAAGGAACCCUUCCUUAUCUUUUUCACCCGCCUCACCCUCGAUUCAUCCGGACACUUCUGCCUCUUCAAUCGAUCCAGACGAAGCAGAGGACUUAGGCAAUGCAUAUCGAGUGGAUGGUUAUUACGAGAGGUUCUUUGUAGAAGAGCUCAAAUUAGGAAGGGGUGAAAAAGGCUCAGUAUUUUUAUGCACUCAUGUGCUGUAUGGUCACCCGGUUGGACAUUUUGCAGUCAAAAAGAUCGCUGUCGGUCACUCUGGUCCUGAGUUGUUGAAAGUUUUGAGCGAAGUAAAGUGUCUUGAAACUCUACGACAUCAAAAUAUAACUCAAUAUCACCAUGCAUGGAUAGAAAAAGCCCAGUUAUCCAGAUUUGGCCCACCGGUUCCGGUUCUUUUUAUUUUGAUGGAUUACGCCAAUGGUGGUACCUUAGAUGGCUACAUUGAAACCCGAAAAGGAGCCAAAGCCUUCAAGAGUAAUGAAAACCAACAUGACACUGAUCCAGAUAGUCAUCAAGAUCCCGAAGCAGCAGCAGAUGUUGAAAGACGAAGACAAGAGAAAGAACAAUUCAGACGCCGCAAAAAUGCUCAUAAACCAGGUCCGACCACAGCUGCGGAAACAAACGAGUCUUACCUUCGAACAAAUUCAGAUUCACAGCAUGCACAGAAUAUGAACCAGCUUGACAACCUUCAUGAUACCUCUCGAAGUAAUCAUGGGCAAUCUGGAUUAGCGAUACAUCUGUUUGGACUGGAAGAAAUCUUGAGCUUUUUGAGAGAUACCUGCAAUGGAUUGGCAUUUCUACAUUCUCAGGGUAUCCUUCAUCACGAUUUGAAGACUGAAAAUGUGCUGUUACAUUGGGAACACCAAAACAGUAUAAUUCCUAAAGCUCUGAUAUCCGACUUUGGAAGCUCGAUUGACCAAUCGGAGAACCGACGGCGUCAAAGAAGUACUCUGGAUUGGGUUCCGCCAGAAUCGUUGAAGAAGGAUCCUCGGACUGGUCAACUGUACGAAGUCACUCAGACAGGUGAUAUGUGGCAACUUGGCCUGGUACUUCAUUGUCUCUGCUUUUUCAGGUUGCCCUACACAGAAUCGGAUGACAUUGACCGUCUACGAGAGGAAAUCCAAAGAUACCCUGGAUAUAUAUUUCCUUCAAAUCCAAGAGAUCAAUUCUCCAUCGACUCUCAAUCCGUCGGUUCUCAUGUACCAGACCGCUUGGAUCUACCUCGGCCGUUGAUGAAACUUCUGGCCGGUCUACUGUGUCUGGAUCCUAGUUUAAGGCCAAGCUGUUCUACUGUCUUGAAAUGUAUUGAAAACAUUCGCCAAUCUACCUUGGCUCCUACAAACGGUGUCUCUUUAGCUACUAAAUCGUUGAACAGAAAAACUACGAGUACAAAUGGGGUACCAAGUUCCUCGAGAAACACUGAUCUCAAUGUCCGCAACUUGAACCCUACGGUGAACUCGCCUCGUGACGAGUCAGGUCAAUUGACGGUAAUGAAGAGACGUGGAUACUCGAAGUCUUCUGUCGAGGAGGAAGGGCUGAACACCACCUUUAGCAACGAAGAUGUACACGCGACAAAUGCGAAUGUUCUUCAUUCACGAGCCUCGAUGAAUAAGCUACUGGGCCGCCCUCGUACCUCCGCGGAAGAGUCGCGCACUAGGACCCCGAGCUUGUUAGGUGUCAGAUCCUCCUUGUUCGAACAGUCGCCUCGUCAUUUCCGAAUGCAAGUGUAUAUCGGUUGUUUGGUGAUCAUCAAAUCUGCUAUUUUCCUUUCAAAGGUGGGUACCUUUUUGGAUGGCACAAGAGGGACACUGAUGCUUACAGUAAUCAAUGUGGUAGAAUUGACAUUAUGUAACUGGGCUAUCACUAUCUCGAUCACUUUGAUAGAGUUGAUCUUGUUGAUUAUCUAUUGGUCAUGAAACCUAUGUAUAUCUAAAUCUUCUACAAUUUAUUUGCAUGUCUUGCUUGUUGGCAUUUUCUCUUUACUUCAAAUUAUUAUCUGUUCACAUCUUAACCUCUUGGAUCGAGAUCAAUCUUUGUAUGGUAUGUACGAGUCAGUUAUGCAUUUUCGCUUGUACUUUGUACUGUUUUUUGCGCCACAGAUUUUGUUGUUAUAUAGGUUUUUGAUUCUUAU